UUAAAACCUAACUUUUCCUACUUCUCGGUUUUCUUUAGAAGACUACGGAAACUUCCCCUAUUAGCUGAAGUGGUAUCGCCUAAUAUUCCACUUACCAGCGGCUAGGGUAGGACUCCGAGGAUAUCGUUUCACCGAGGCGGCAGCGGAAAAAAGAGAGCUGAAUGUUGUUGUAAACCCAACAUUAACUAGCUAUAUUAUAAACACUUUUGUUGUAAAUAAAGCAGUACAUUUGUGUUACCGUUAUAUAUUUAGUUUACGAUGUCUACUCCGGCAAGAAGACGAUUGAUGAGAGAUUUUAAACGGCUCAAGGGGAACCUGGUGAGGGCGGGUCUUCCGGUGCCAGUACCCCAUGCAAGUUUUCAGAUGUCGAGCCUUAAGUCCAAACACUUGAAAAAAUGGCCAAAUCUUUUACAUCCUUACACUCAGGGGAUCAGACGCUGUGCAUCAACCACACCAGGAAUUCAAUUCAGGUUACAAGAAGACCCUCCGGCUGGCGUCAGUGGUGCCCCUUCCGAAAACAACAUAAUGGUGUGGAAUGCAGUCAUAUUCGGCCCAGAAGGGACACCUUUUGAGGAUGGCACAUUUAAGCUUACUGUUGAGUUCACAGAAGAAUACCCUAACAAACCCCCCACAGUACGAUUUGUGUCAAAGAUGUUUCAUCCAAAUGUGUAUGCAGAUGGCAGUAUAUGUCUAGACAUUCUGCAGAAUCGAUGGAGUCCAACCUAUGAUGUGUCAUCCAUUCUUACCUCUAUUCAGUCUCUGCUAGACGAACCAAACCCCAACAGCCCAGCCAACAGUCAGGCGGCCCAGCUUUACCAAGAAAACAAGAGGGAGUACGAGAAGCGUGUGUCGGCCAUUGUAGAACAGAGCUGGAGGGACAGUUGACCACAUCCUCUCCCUUCUGGCCUUCUCUAUCACCAGCGAUGAGCUGUGUGUGAUGCGAGUUUGAGUAGUACAUCUUAAUUUAGAUUUUUUUUGUUUCUUCCUCCAUUUUAAUUUGACAUAUUUAUGCACUUUACCUGUCCCUUGUGGAACAUUUUUUUUCCUAACACGCUUGGAGUGGAGCUUUUGUUAUUUUUUCUAUGUCUCUCUCCUGUUUUGGCUUAUCAGGGGACUUAUGUGCUGAAUCUUGUUUUUGUCGCCACCGUCUUCAAUUGAGGACAAUUUUUGGACGUCAAUUACCUGCCUCCUCCCUUCCCACACUGAAAUAAAUUAGUUGGACUGAUGUGUAA